AUGGGAGACUCCACUCAGAAAGGCGCCAUGUUUAUGGCAGGGCUGACUCUGUUGCAGUCUCUCCGUGUGGCUUUAACUGGAGCAAAGUUUGCACUUGAUAGAUUUAAAAUUCCUCAACAACAUGCCAGUUCGUUCAUUAACAUGGUCCAUAAUCCUAUGGAACUUGCAACGUUUACUGGAAUGGCUAUUAUGACCAGUCUCUCAUUUGCACCCAGCCUUAAGAAUUCUUUUAAGUGGUUUGCCAUAUUUACUAACAUAGCACUGUGCUGUUCAUUCAUCCUACUCCUCUUUGCAUUUACAUCUGGAGGCUCGUUGGGUAAUCUCACCUUUUACUACUGGGCUAUCGUCUUCAGUUCAUUUGUUUAUGGACUUAACGUGGCUUGUGUAAUGAAUGUGGGAAGUGACCAUGCUUCCUUCUUCAAUGUAGGAAUUCCUGUUUCUGGUAUUCAAGUUUGCAUUUACUACUAUAUCUUCACUAAGUUGGCUGAGAGGUAUAACUUUUCAAAUGUCAGCUACUGGAUCAUAUUUUGGCAGCUUAUCAUUGCAAUAUUGAUAUCUGCAGUAUCUGCCAUAGUGUGGGCUAUUGGUCAAGCUGAUGGUAGUAGUGGUAGUGGUUCUCCUGGUCCUGGUGCUGUCUCUCCAAUUCUAAUGGGAGUGGUUGGAAUGGGUGGUAUCUAUGCUUUUUAUCCUGCCAUUGCCCCUUAUAAGUUGACUGAUGUUGGCACUGGGUACAACAUCGAUCUCGUUGUCUUAUUCGCUAGCGCCGUUCCAGGUAUCGUUAUUGCUAUUUUAUGCCUCAACACAAAAGGUCCAAAUACUGAAUGGAAGAAUGGUAAUACGGCUGCGUGGAAUUAUAUUUGGAUUCUGGCAAUUCCACACAUCACCGCUAUGAUCUUGUGUUUGUGCACACUUCAUUACCCUGGUAGUAGACUAGCUAGUUCUAUAAAGAGUAGUGGUUUAAAAGUUGGAAUCAUUACUGUGACAUUAAAGUUUUGUGAGGAAUUUCUCAAGGCAGUUUCAUAUGCUGGAGGUGGUGCAUACGGAGGUACUAUUUCGGCUGUUAAUGCGUUUACAUCUCAAGGUUUAAUGAUCAUAUUGGCUUUUACCGGAGACGGCUAUCUUAAGACCUAUUCCAAGUAUGAGCAUGAUCGGAGUAAAUGGCCUACUAAAGACUAUGGCUUCUUUAAGUCCAUCUGGUUUUGGACAUGGAAUGGAAUGAAGGUGGCCUGCAAGAGUGUUAAGUCCUCUUUUACCAAGAAUGUUAGAUGCAAGGUUUUGGGUAAAUCAGAGGCCUUACUUAUCGUCUAUGCAGAUGAGGAAUUUUAA